GUGGACUCGCUCCUCAAUUUUGAGACGGUGAAGUACUACAAUGCGGAGAGCUACGAGGUGAACCGCUUUAAUGAUGCCAUUGUCAAGUACCAGGUCUCGGAGUGGAAGGUCAGCGCCUCGCUGGGCCUCCUCAACCAGACCCAGAACCUGGUCAUUGGCCUGGGGCUGCUGGCGGGGUCCCUGGUCUGUGCCUACUUUGUCACCGAAAACAAGCUGCAGGUGGGAGACUUUGUCCUCUUCGGCACCUACAUCAUCCAGCUCUACACGCCGCUCAACUGGUUCGGGACUUACUACAGGAUGAUCCAGAACUCCUUCGUGGACAUGGAGAACAUGUUUGAGCUCUUCCAUGAGGAGCAGGAGGUGAAGGAUGUGGUGAACGCCGGCGACUUGCGCUUGGAGGCCGGGCGGAUCGAGUUUGAGAAUGUGCAUUUCAGCUACAUGGAUGGGAAAGAAAUCCUGCAGGAUGUCUCCUUCUCAGUGAUGCCUGGGCAGACCCUGGCCCUGGUGGGACCUUCGGGCUCAGGGAAGAGCACCGUCAUCCGCUUGCUCUUCCGCUUCUACGACGUGUGGGGCGGCUGCAUCCGCAUCGAUGGGCAGGACAUCUCCCAGGUGAAGCAGGCGUCGCUGCGUGCUCACAUCGGGGUGGUGCCCCAGGACACGGUGCUCUUCAACGACACCAUUGCCAACAACAUCCGCUACGGACGGAUCCUGGCCACUGACCAGGAGGUGCAGGAGGCAGCCCAGGCUGCUGGCAUCCACGACCGCAUCCUUUCCUUCCCUGAUGGAUACAACACCCAGGUGGGGGAGCGGGGGCUGAAGCUGAGAGUUGCCAUUGCACGCACCAUCCUGAAGGGUCCCCGCAUCAUCCUGCUGGAUGAGGUAACGACAGCAGCCCCCAGCCCAACCUUGCCCCGCUCUGCAGCAGCCCCUGCCCCAGCGGCUGCCUGCGCUGCCCACCUCGCACUCGACACGGAGACCGAGAGGAACAUCCAGGCCUCCCUGGCCAAGGUCUGCGCCCACCGCACCACCAUCGUUGUUGCACAUAGGCUCUCCACCGUGGUGGGUGCAGACCAGAUCCUGGUGCUCAAGGACGGGCGCAUUGCGGAGCGAGGGAGGUGA